CCGGAAGUUGCGUCCCAUCUCCCAUCUUCCUUUCCGGUCUCUUCGUCUGGGGAAAGAAGGUCAAGAGAACGCGAAGGUUUAGGGUUUGGCGGCCGUUUCUCCCGCUCUCUGAGUCUUUCGCAGAGCUUGCAGCAGCACCAUGUUGGGCCAGAGCAUCCGGAGGUUCACAACCUCUGUGGUGCGUCGGAGCCACUACGAGGAGGGCCCCGGAAAGAAUUUGCCAUUUUCCGUGGAAAAUAAGUGGCGGUUACUGGUUAUGAUGUCUGUGUACUUUGGAUCUGGAUUUGCAGCACCUUUCCUUAUAGUGAGACACCAACUGCUUAAGAAAUAAGGAUGUUUUAACAUCCCUUUUCACAGAUGUGAAGAAUUUCUCAAGAGGUGUAAUAUCUUUGGAAACUGAUCAAACUCUUGAAUUCACAUGGCAUACUAAAGAUGUUUGUAAAUAAACCGAUGACAUGGA